GGUGGACAUUUUGUUGCAGAUUUUCAUUGAUACUGUGGAAACAACUGAAAGCAAUAGUGAUAUUUUCAAGGUUUUGAAGAUGAUUAUAACAAUCAUACUGUCAUGUCUUGCCAUAAUGGCGUCUUCAGUACCUGUUCAGGUAAAUCCCAAUACAGUGUCUCCACUGCCAGCACAAGGACAGGACCCUCCAGCUCAGAGAGUCCCAACUGUAGAGGCCACAAACCCACAGCCUGAGGCUCAGGUCCCAGCCCAAACUCAGCCAGACGUGCAGCAGCCCCUGCCUGGGGCCCCUCAACAGCAAGGUCCCCAAGGUGGCCCCCUGCUCCUGCCUCCCCUGCAGCACCAUCCCUGGUCCCCACAAGGGGGCAGUACAGUGGCUCUUCCCCUCCAGCCGAAUGUUCAUGGACCUCAGCUUGCUAACCAGCCACAACUGUCCCAUCAGCCAAUGAUUUUCUCUCCUUAUGGAUACUUCCCUGUGUUCCCGUCACAGUCGAGGCAUCAGCUGUACUCCCCAUAUGGAUUCCCAAUGAUUUUCCAAUCACCUCUCCCACAAAGUCCAGCACAUCAGCCACCAACUAAUCCAGUGACACCUGCAGAAAUACCCUCAGGUCCCACUGCUUCAGGAAAUACUCCUCAACAAACACAGCAGCAGCAGGCUCCUCAAAUCAUAUACACAUUUCAGCAGCCAAUGCACUCUCCACUUGGUGCUCUAAGCUCAGAGGAGCUUGAGGUGGCAGCUAGAAUGAGCCGUCUGGGUGUGUAUCUGCCCAGUAUCCACCCCAACAUACCCAUUAACCCCAUGGUACCUGUAAGCCAGGCCCCUGCCCCUGGCCCUGCCCCUGCCCCUGGCCCUGCGCCUGCCAGCCCAGGACAGCCUGACUUACACUCGGCAUCUGGUGGUGCUACACAAACUCAGGGACUCCAUCCCAGUGCCAACAACACCCCAGUGGGUCUGGAGACAGCCACUGUCCAAACACCAGUUCAACCUGACCACCAGCAAAAUAAACCUGCAUCUGUGUCUGAAGCCACUCCACCUGCGCUCCCCGACCUGAACAGGACCUCCCCCCCUGAGUCUGCAGCCACCAGCAGUGUCACCUCAGAUGCCAUUAAUGACUAUCCUUGA